UGUCAAGCUCGUGUCCCGUUGACCGCUUCUCCAUAGAUUCCUCCACCCACGUUUUUUUUUUCUCUCUUUUUAUUUUGUAAACAUCAUUCAGUUUGGGCCCCUGUUGUGCGUUCUGUGUUCGACGUGCCCGCUCUUCGUUUUUCAUCGUAUCUGAAUUUCGAUUGGAUAAAAGUUGCUGUUGUUUGCGUGUUCAGAUCCAAGUCGGUCUCGUCGGCUUCAACCCAAAAACUCAGAUUGAACUCCUAACAGAAAAUUGGGAAAAAAGAAUUGAGCUUAUAGACAGUGUUGGAAACUACACUGAAACCACUCUACCAAUUUUACAAGCAAUCUUUCGAGGAUAAAAUCACAUAGACUGAAAUCAGAAUCACACGUCGUGGGAAAGAACACUAAAAAGUGUGAUGUGAACCUAACCGACAGAGACUCGAGCGACUCGACGUUCAUGGUAUUAUGUGACCGUCGAGGGAAAUCUCCAUUGAUGAGGAGCUCAGCCACGGUAGCUUUUCGCGUUUGGGAAAUUUCGGGUAGUGAGGUUUUCUAAUGAUGAUUCAAAAUCCGAUUCUGGAUUACAGCUCGACGUUGAGUCAUUUUCUGGGGUUGCGCCCGCAUCUGCUGAGCGUGACGCCGAGCAGCUCCGGGAGCGAGAGCGGAGAGAGCCCGAGUCCACCGAUGCCGCGCAAGUCCUUCACCAUCGACGCCAUCCUCGGUCUUCGCCCGAACAAGCAGGCCCAGAUCGGAGCCAACGCCGCCCUCGACUUCUCCGCCACGUCCAACUGCAAAAGAUCAUUCGAACGAUCGGGAAGCAUCAAAAUUAAGGGCGGAAAAUCAAAGAGGGUGCGAACAAUUUUCACCCCGGAGCAACUGGAGAGAUUAGAGGCUGAAUUUGAAAGACAACAGUACAUGGUUGGUCCAGAAAGAUUGUACUUAGCACAUGCCCUCCAGCUGACAGAGGCCCAGGUGAAGGUAUGGUUUCAAAACAGACGGAUAAAAUGGCGUAAGCAACACUUAGAGAGACAACAACAACGGCUGGCGCUUUUGAAUCAAAGGUCGCACCUGUUCCAAAGACAAUUCGGACAUCUUAAUCCGCAGACGCAGCCUCAAUUCACCGAUGUGGACAGGGACAGCGAAGUGGACGAAAGCAAUAACGGGGACUCCAGUCAUGUUUCGCCCGCCGCCAACUCUCAGUAAAUCCAUCCAAUUUGUUUUGUAAAUACUUCAAGUUAUCUUGCCCACUUGUAAAUAGUUUACUGUAAAUAUAUAUUAUGUUAGUA